AUGCACGACGUGGGCAAAGUCCCUUGCUCGUCGCGAAAUUGCGAUGAGCAUCCUCGCCCAGCGCCUGCGCUCCUUCUUCGUUUGACGCCCGGUGGCAGCACGCGCGACCACCAUGAUUCCAUUGCGACGGGCUGCCAGAGCAAAGCCACAAUCGUCACCCGCCGGGACGUCUUCCGACGUGGACGCAAACAGCUCCUCUUGUUGGGGGGCGUCAGCCAGCUAGCCAGUCUGAUCGACGCCUCAAGACGGGGUGAGACGGCCGGCCGCGAAAUGAGCAGUGAGGCCCUGGAACGUGCUAUUUAUACGCAUUCACCAUCAACCCGGUGGCAGAUCACGACUCUGCGGGCUCAUCUCAUUGCAUGCGGCUCGUAGCUUGCCAUGCGGUGAUGGGACAGGCACGAGGGUGUGUAUCGAGCAUCAUCCCCGCGUUGUCGUCGACGCUGGCCUGUCAAGUAAGACAACCACCGACUUCGGCAUCAGGUGUUGCCUCCGUCUCCGAGCUUACUUCGUCCUUGCAUAGGGAAACUGGGCACGGAUCAGCGCGGAGUGACGAGGGUUGGGCCUUGCGAAGUCGUGAUGACGAUGACGAGGAGGACACCGGUGGGGGGCUUUUGAUGUCAUGGGUAUGACAACUCUUGAUGAAAACCAUGCUGACGGUAGCUGGACAAAUGUCACCGCUGCGGAACCGGUCAUUGCCUGCCUGAGGUCGUCGUCGCAAGCCCAAGCACGUCUACGGGUCCUCUGUGUGGCUGUCGCGGAUACCCCCAGACCGCGGGAGGCGGGAUACUGGCGAGUCUCACAGCUGCC